UCGAAAUUCUAACCCUUUGGGUGUUUAUGCCUAUUGCUUAUUUCAAUAUAUUCAUGUAGACCUUUUGCUUUACUAAGUUAUAUUCCAUCUAGUUUACUGCAUCGUAUAGGAUUUUUCAUUUUUUAUAUUUCCGGAUAUUGAAGCAUGUCUACACCAGCUCGUCGAAGAUUAAUGCGUGACUUUAAAAAAAUACAAGACGACCCACCCACUGGUGUUAGUGGCGCGCCAGAGGACCAAAAUAUCAUGGUAUGGAAUGCACUUAUAUUUGGACCUGAGAACACACCAUUUGAAGAUGGAACGUUUAAACUAAAAAUUGAAUUUACGGAAGAAUAUCCAAACAAACCGCCAUCAGUUAAAUUUGUUUCAAAUAUGUUUCACCCUAAUGUAUAUGCUGAUGGUGGGAUCUGCCUUGAUAUUCUUCAAAACAGAUGGAGUCCAACAUAUGAUGUAUCAUCUAUCUUAACCUCAAUACAGUCAUUGCUGGAUGAGCCAAAUCCCAACAGUCCUGCAAACAAUCAAGCUGCUCAGCUUUACACAGAUAAUAGGAGAGAAUAUGAAAAGAAAGUUUGUAAAGUGGUGGAAGAGAGCUGGACAAAUGCUUAUACGAAAAGUUAAUUCAUGUCAACACUUGUUUGUGUGUGCGUGUGUGCAUGUACUGUUGUCUCAACAGUUCUCUUUUGCGCAAUAUUCUUUAUUCCUUGUCUUCUUGGUGAACUGUUUAAAACAAAGGUUGUCUUUGUUUAUUUCUUAUUCAAUAAUGUUUAAUUUAAUGUGCGCAGUGUAUGCCAUUUGUUGUAAAACUAUGUUUGCACAAAAUGAGUGUACACAACAUGAAACAAUCGAUUUUUUUUCAAAAUUGUUUUUGAGUGAUAAUGUAAAGUAUUGAUGACUGGUAUGCUAUUACUACCAUAGGAAAUUUGUAUGGUAUGCCUGUAAGGUUCUGCUUUACUUUAUAUUUGCUUUGAAGGCUGAAAUCUGAAAUUAAGAUUUAAUGUAAUAGAUAAAUGUACAGUUGGUACUUCAAAGUAUGAGUGAUAUUGAAUGUUUGUGUUGGUAAAAAAAUAUUUACUUUGAUUGUUUUAUCUAUGAUAUUUGAUAGCUGGCUGAAAAAAAAUAAAAAAAUUGUUAAAA